AUAUUGUUAAAAAAUUGUUUGCACUUUGCAACUUAAUAUUAUAAAUAAAUAAAUAUUAUAAAUAAUGUUGUUCAAUCUUCAUAAUAAUAACAUAAUAGUCAACAACAUGAUGUUGUGUUGACUGUUUAUUUAUCAAAAACGUUAUAAUAAUUAUUAAAAAAUACUAUAGGUACCUAUACAUUGUAAAAUAUCAAAAUUAAGUGAAAAUUAUUAAUGUGAGGUUAUGUUAUAAAGUUAUUUAUUGAAAUUUUUUUAAUAAACAAUAUAAUAUUAAAAAUGUCGAAACGUAAAUAUGAUGAUGUAUUGACUGACGAGAAAAAUUGGUCGGAAGUAACAAAGCCAGAUGCAUUCAAGCAUUCACUUGAUUCCGAUGAAGAUGAUGAUGAAGCUGUUAAUGAAAAUUACAAUAUUUUGGAUGAACAAGAAAUUGAAGGAGCUGAAGAUGGCCCAAUGGCAUCAGAAGCAAAUGUUGGAUUUACUGCUUUUAACAUGAAAGAAGAAAUGGAAGAAGGACAUUUUGAUAAAGACGGUCAUUACUUAUUUAAAAAAGAUAAAGAAGUCAGGGAUAAUUGGCUGGAUGACAUUGACUGGGUCAAGAUUAAGCCCAGAAGUGAUGCUGAAACAAAAAAUGAAAAUGAAAAAGGACUGGCUGAUAGUGAUAGUGAUGAUGAUGUUGAUGAAAAUAUCACGUUUGAUCCAUCAACAUUGUACAAAGAGAUUUUGGAUUUUUUAAAACCUGGUGAAACUGUUACAAAAGCUCUUUGUCGACUUGGUAAAGGAAAAAAAAAAAUAUCAUCAGCUGAAAGAUGGAAAAGAAAAAAAGCUGGUCUAAGUGAAAUUGAUGAAAAUUCAGAGAAAAUAAUUAAAUUAACUGAGCUUGCUAAUGAGCUAUUAUCAAGAACUGGAAAUAUGGAUAUUUAUCAAGACAGUUAUGAAUCAAUAAAGCAUAAAGUUGAUCAAGCAAACAAACAAGAUUUAAAUAACACUGAAUUAGACAUGUAUGCUGAUGACUUUGAUAGUAAAGAACAAGGUAAGCUUGAUGAACCAUCAACAUCAAAUCAAACUGACGAUGACAAUAUUAAAAAAAAUCUACUUGAACAACCGACAAGUUGGGAAUUAAAAUGGUCCCAAAAUGAUGAUGCUGAAGUAAAUGGUCCUCAUACCACUGAGCAAAUGUUUGCUUGGGCUAAUGAAGGAUACUUUAAAGACAAGGGUUGGGUACGUCGUACUGGACAAAAUGGACAGUUUUAUACAGCAUCAAGAGUUGAUUUUGAAAUUUACAUGUGAUUAUUUAAUAAUAAAAUAAAUAUAAAUACAACAACAAAAACAAUAACAAUAACAACAACAACAACAACAACAACUACAAUUGACUUUUUAUUUUAUUAUAAUUUUAUUAUUUAUCAUUUUAUGUUUCAUUAUUUCAUAUUAUUAUUUUUUUUCAUAUUCAAGUUAUCCCAUUGUAAUCUUCGACGUCGAAAUUUAACUGUUUUUUCAUCACUACAAUUUGAAUGGGAUUUUGUACAAUCAUUGAUAGCAGUACUUGAAAAAGAUAUAAAAAUAUAAUUAACAAUUAUUCAUGAAUCAUCGUGGGUGAGUGUUUUUAAAUAUAUUUUUUAAAAUUACCUUAAAUUUGUUGAUGAUAUUGUUAGUUUUUUUAAUUGACAUAAAAAACGUUUUUGGCAAUUUUCAUUUGACAUAUUAAUUAAAGAAUAUAUUAUGUUCUCAAUGUUAUUUAUAAAAUGAGGUUCUUGAUAAAAUAAAGUGGGUGAAUAAUUAUUCUUGUCAGAUCGAGAGUAAUAGCUCGGGGCAGAAGACCAUUCAUUACCAUAUUCUUCGUGUUUAACAUGAUCAUGUUGAAAUGGAUAAUGUCCUGAAAUAUUUAAAAUAUAUUUUUUUUUAAUUAUAUUAUUUAUUUAUCUAAAGCAAUUUCAUUCACAAAAAUAAUUUGAAAAUUAUUUUAAUUAUUUUUUAAAAAUAGUUUCAAUUAUUUUUUAACGAUAGGUCAAUUAUUGCUUUUUGCAAAAUUAAAUUUAAAUUCAUACCGUGUUCAAAUAUUGGUCCUUCAAUAAUUGGAUAAUUAUUAUCUUUAUAAAGAUAAUUUGAAUAUUUAUAAAUACCAAAAAAUUUAAGUGCCAAAAAUCCAACUCCAAUUAUUGUCAUAACAACCAAUAUAAUUUUUAUUUUAAAUAUCACAAAUGCAGCAAUGCUUUGUACACCUCCAAGCACUAAAAAUAAUAAUCCAUUGAUAUAACUAAUUAAAUUUCAUACAGAUUAAAAAAAUAUAUACUUUAAUAUAAAUAUUUUUUUUUUAAUAUAUUUUUUUUAUUAAAACAAAAAAGUUUGUUUAAUUACACCCAAGACCAUGAAGAGGAUUGAAAUAAACACUGCUAAAUCCGCCUUUUCUCACUGAAAGUUUAAAAAUAAAAGAAAAAAAAAAAAA